UCAGACGUCACUAUGGAGCUGGAGAAGAAGAAGAAGAAGGAGAAGAAGAAGGAGAACUGCAAUCCGGAAGGUGAAACUGCUAUGGAGAACCUCAUGGCUGCUGCUUCUUACUAAUACUAUAAUAAAGGACGCAACGGGGAGAGCGAGUGCCUGGGUUGCUGAUACAAUGCACACCUACCCAAAGAAGGUCUUAUUCUGCAUGUCAGCAGUGAUUACUGUGACCAUUUUACUGGAGGUUCUAAGAUGCAAACCGGCACAAAUAAGUUAUGUAAAAAUGAGUGUUGAGUGUCAAUGUUGUGAUGGCAAACUCAGCACUGAUACAAUCACAGCGCUGGAGGACAACCGGACCUUCAUCAUAUCACCGUACUAUGAUAACAGAGAUAACAAUAAGCCUAUGGUGCGGAUCCUCAGCAUUAUCCACCAUGAAGAGGUAAAGGAGCUAUACUGCUAUUUCUGCUGCUCUACAGACAAUAACGUGAAGAUUUCCGAGGCGCUCAUAGAUAUGCAUAGUGACCGAUUCGGCUUUCCUUACGUCACAACGGACCUUUUAUGUGAGGAGCCUCCAGAUUGCCAGGCUGAAUAUGUAUCUGUCCACACGUCUUCUGCCGGGGAAAUAACACAAUUGCCUCGAUUCCGAAUACAAAACCUAAAUGUGAAACCAUUUUCUGCCAAUUUCACUGUCUGCAUUUCCACAAUGUUUGGGAAUUACAGCAAUGUCCUACAAUUCAUUCAGACCAUGGAGAUGUACCAAAUCCUGGGGGCACAAAGGGUUAUGAUCUACCUUAAUAGUAUUAGCCCACAAGUGGUGAAAGCCAUGCAGUAUUAUAUUUCGAGAGGAAUCCUAGAGCUGGUAGAUUGGCCGAUCCAGCGUUACCUCCGGCCUGGCACAGCAUGGCACUAUUCUUUAGAUCCCAAAGACAUAGGUUAUUAUGGCCAGUUGGCAACACUCAAUGACUGUAUUUAUAGGAACAUGUACAGGACUAAGUAUGUACUUCUCAAUGAUAUUGAUGAGAUUAUUUUACCAUUCUCACACAUGUCUUGGGGCGCCAUGAUGGAAAGCCUUCAACAACAGAAUCCAAACAUUGGGGUUUUCCUUGUUGAGAAUCAUAUUUUUCCUCAAACGAUGUCCACUGAUGGAAACUUCUCUGAUAUUUCUUCAUGGAAAGAUGUUCCAGGACAUAACCUUCUCCGGUACGUCCAUCGCGAACCAGAUAGAAAAGAUUAUUUCAACGCUCUGAAGAUGAUUGUGGAUCCCAGGAAGGUCAUCCAAACAUCUGUCCACUCCGUUUUGAAAGGUUAUGGGAAUGAUGUGAAGGUCUCACUACAAACUGUUUUGGUUUAUCACUGCAGAGGACCUCUUCAGAAGGGUUUACCGAAGACUUCACUAAUAGAAGACAAGACUAUCUGGAGACAUAAUGCCUCUCUUAUCAGGAAUGUUAAUAAAGUUCUGGGGGAAAUGCCUUUUCUGUGAUUAAAUUAUUCUGGGAGCAAAGUUACAAAUCGUUAUGUAUGUAGAAGAAUAUAUGAUUAAUUUAUUGUUUUCUACACAAAGAUAAAUAUUGGAUUUGUCCGUGUGGAUUUCUAUGCAUUUCGUUGACACCUGUUUUAGCAAAUAAAUCAAGUUUUGUUUUUCAAUAUACAACUGAAUGU